AUGCCUGGCAUUCCGUUCGGCGCGUUCGAUAACCUGAAGGGCAAGCUCAAGGCUGCCUUCAAGAAGCGCGGUGAGAAGAAGGCCGCGAAGGCUAACCCCAAGGCCGAGGAGGCUACCGCUGCAGCCCCGGCUGCUGCUGCUGCGACCACCGCCGCGGCUACCGAGGCGACCAAGACGGAUACCGCUGCCGCCGCGGCUCCUGCUGAGGCUCCUGCCGCCGAGACGGCUACUGCGGCUGCCCCUGCCACUGAGGCCCCGGCUGCUGAGCAGAAGACGGAGGAGACUCCGGCUCCUGGUACGUUUGGCUCCCCAGCAGACACCCCCGCCCGCACGCUGACCCUUUCCAAAGCUGUGGCUGCCACCGAGACCACGGCGGCUGCUGCCGCCCCGGCUGCCGAAGUCACUCCCGCUCCGGCUGCGGCUGCGGCCACUCCUGCCACCGAGGCCGCUGCAGCUCCCGCUGCUACCGGGACCGUCGCCGCCCCCGCUGCGACUGAGCCCACCCCGGCCCCGGCCGCUGAGGCUGCUGCUACGGAGACUCCUGCCGCCGAGGCCCCCGCGGCUGAGGAGAAGAAGGAGGAUGCGGCCGCUGCCGCUACUCCGGCUCCGGCUGCUGCGGCCCCCGCUCCUACCGCCUAA